GCGUAUCAUUCUCUCUUAAGAGAGAAAAUUCUGUUGUUCCAAAUCUUUGAAUACCCAAAUUGAAGUCAUAGUUUGAAAAAGUAAACCAUAAACGCCCAUCAUUUUGAUUUUUGAAACCCUAUACAUAUAUUUUCUCCUUUUUAUGGGUCUUGAUUCAACACGCUACCAUUUGGACGAUUUGACUCAGUUCAAGGUCCCCACAUAUAUUUUUUUUCUUCUGGAUUUUAUGUUUCUGGGUUUGCUGAUUAAUUCAUCUUAUUAGUUUAUGUAUCUCCAAAUUUCUUGGGUAAUUCAUUGCGGAAAUUGUUGUUGAUUAAAGUGGUUAUAUUGAGGUUUAGGGUGGUCUGUGGAAGGAUGUACAUAUAAAAGUGAGGGUUCAAUUGAUAGAGCAUGGGGUGUGUAAGUAGUAAGCCUAAGACAGUUAGAGAUGGUGGUGGAAUCUCUGGGCAGAGAGUACCAAGUAAGAGAAUAUCUCGGACGUCUUCGAGCAGAGAAGGAGGUCCGCAAAUGAUGAAUAGAAGUGAUAGUAGAACGUCGUUGAUUGAUAGGAAAAGUAGCAAUUCGAUUCGAAUAUGUGACGAUCGUUCUGAGAAGAGUAGAGUAAAACCUGAAGGUGUUUUGGUUGAUCAAUCGGAAAUCAGGGUGGUCCCUAAAGCUUGGGAAGGGGAGCAAGUUGCAGCUGGUUGGCCUUCUUGGCUUGUUACAGCUGCUGCUGAUACUAUCACUGGCUGGAUUCCUCGGCGUUCAGACUCUUUCCAGAGAUUGGGAAAAAUUGGGGAGGGGACUUAUAGUAGUGUUUACAAGGCCCGGGAUCUUAUUCACGGCAAGAUUGUUGCUUUAAAAAGAGUACGUUUUGAUAAUCUUGAUCAAGAGAGUGUGAAGUUCAUGUCAAGAGAAAUUCUUAUACUACGUAGACUGGAUCAUCCUAAUGUAAUUAAAUUGGAAGGCCUAAUUGCAUCUACCACGUCUACUAGCUUAUACCUUAUAUUUGAGUACAUGGAGCAUGAUCUUACAGGCAUUGCAUCACUUCCAGGCCUGAAGUUCACAGAGCCGCAGGUAAAAUGUUUUAUGCAGCAGCUUCUGUCUGGCCUUGAAUAUUGUCAUAGCCAUGGUGUAUUGCAUCGGGACAUAAAGGGCUCAAAUCUCUUGAUUAAUGAUAGUGGCACCUUGAAAAUUGCGGAUUUCGGGUUGGCAACUUUCUUCGAUCCUCAAAAGAGCCUACCGUUAACAAGCCGGGUGGUAACUUUAUGGUAUCGACCACCUGAACUUUUACUUGGAGCCAUUCAUUAUGGGAUUUCAGUAGAUUUAUGGAGUGCUGGUUGCAUUUUUGGAGAAUUAUAUGCUGGAAAGCCCAUCAUGCCUGGAAGAACAGAGGUUGAACAAUUGCACAAGAUUUUCAAACUUUGUGGUUCUCCACCUGAAGAAUACUGGGAAAAAUCAAAACUACCCCAUUCAACAGCUUUUAAACCUCAAAGGCCUUAUCGAAGACGUGUUGCUGAGAGAUUCCAGGACAUUUCUGCUCCUGCAUUGGCUCUUAUUGAGACUUUACUUUCUAUAGAUCCUGCCUCUCGCGGGACUGCUACUUCUGCUCUUGAUAGUGAGUUUUUUACUUCAGAGCCCCUUGCUUGUGAUCCAUCAACCUUGCCUAAAUAUCCUCCUAGCAAAGAGAUAGAUGCAAGAAGACGGGAGGAAGAAAUCAGAAGGCGUCAAGCUUCAGAAGGCAGGCAUGACAAGGCUGACCAUGGAAGGCAAGGCUCACAAGAAUCAGCUACUGUAUCGGCCAAGGUGAAUGCUGAAUUUGUUUCAUCAUUGCAGAAAAGGAAGAGUCAAUCCCAAUCGAAGCCUCAAAAUGGGUUAUUCAGGCCUCCUCAUGAACAAUUUUCUUCCGGUCCUCUACUUGGUUCCACAGGAAAUUCAGAAGCUGUCAAAGAAGUGAGUAAAGAGAUAUUUGACCGCCUUCACCAGAGAGGCAUGUAUUCAGGACAAUCAACUCGGGUGGGUGGAUGGUCAAAUGGUGAAAGGAAACUGAAUGACCCUCCAUCAUUUUCAAAGCUACCCAAUUUAACAACUUCAUCUAGUAUGGUACCGAGCAGGACUUCAGCUGUUAACGAUAACCGCCGAAAAUACGGCCUUUCACAAAAUAAAAAGGUACCCGGUGCAGCAGAUAGAUUUUCAGGGCCUAUUAAUGGAAUGGAGGGAGUAAACGAUGAUGAUUGGUUGCAUUUCUCUGGAAGUACGGCGAGUUCUCAUCAGCUAGAAGAAAAUACACGUGGAAGGAGAUCAACAUCGCAUAGUCUUGCACCUGACAAUGACAGAAUUCAUCUAUCCGGCCCAUUACUCCGCCCUUCAAAAGAUCUCGAUCAGAUGCUUAAAGAGCAUGAUCGGCGGAUUCAAGAGGCAGCCCGUCGUGCUCGCCAUGACAAGUUUAAGCACAGCAAAGUGCUGGCUAGGUGAUUAGGUUAAUUGAUUGAUGUCUUUGUGGUUUUAGAGCGUGCUGAAACUACAGCAACUUAUAGCUUUAUUCAAACUUCCAUGUAAAUACGCACAUAGCACAUGUAUAUGUAUUUUGGGGUAAUAUCAGUCUCAUAGUUACGCAAUGUUUUCUUUCAUGUAAUCGUUAGUAAUGUAUAUUGCAAGUCUUGAAAGAAGUCCUCAUUCUUGUCCUUUCUAA